ACACAUCGUCACUUCCAGGCUGAACAAUGGACUCUGGAGCCAGCAGGACGAUGGAGAUGGCGGCGCUCGGCCGGCCUUUUGGCCUCGGGAUGUUGUACGACUGCCGCCAAGACUCACUCAUCCCUGGAAUGACAUUGUGGGACCGAGAUGACCUGAUUAGUUAUAUUGGAGAAAGACCGCAGAACUAUAAUGAUUUUGAGAUAGUUGCAUCUGAAUCAAUUGCAGAUAAAACUUCAGCACUAAAUGUUGAAGCAUCACUUAAGGCAAGUUUUUUAAGUGGACUGGUAGAGGUUGGAGGAUCGGCCAAAUACCUGAAUGACAGUAAGACUUCCAAAAAUCAGGUCAGAGUAACUCUGAAAUACAAAGCUACCACAAAGGUCAAGGAACUGUCAAUGGAUCAUCUUGGAAGAGGCCAUGUGAAGCAUCCGUAUGUCUUUGAUAAAGGAUUAGCAACACAUGUAGUCACAGCUAUUCUUUAUGGGGCACAAGCCUUCUUUGUCUUUGACCGUGAGGUGUCCCAAAAGGAAGAUCAUAAAGACAUCCAGGGCAACUUGAAGAUGAUGAUCAAGAAGAUUCCCAGCAUUACAAUAGAGGGUGAAGGUUCCCUGAGAAUGGAAGACAAGGACAGAGAAAAGGUUGACAAAUAUUCCUGCAGAUUCUUUGGAGACUUUUCCCUUCAGAAAUCUCCUACAACCUUUCAGGAUGCUGUAGAAGUCUACCGAAGACUCCCAAAACUGUUGGGAGCUAACGGAGAAAACGCAGUACCAAUGAAGGUCUGGCUGUUGCCAUUGACAAGUUUAGAUUCUUCUGCUGCUAAACUCAUCCGUCAGAUAAGUAUAAGAUUAGUUCAAGAAUCACAGAGUGUCCUGGAGGACUUCAGUGAGCUGGAAAUGAGGUGCAAUGAUGCACUGAGGACCACCAUUGCACAGCAGUUCCCACAGAUUGGCAAAAAGAUUAAAAGUUUUAAAGAACUGUCCUCUGAGUUCAAGCUGGGCUUCCAACAAACCUUGGCAAAGAAACUUCCAUCAAUCCGAGGAGGAGAAGAAGAGGAGGAUGGGCUCACAGAGAUCCUGAAGAAGAGACAUUCUUCUCCUUUCAACAGCAAAAACCUGAACGAGUGGAUGGACUGUAAAGAGAGAGAAAUCGACACAUUGAUGUCUUUCACCAACAUGAUGAAAAACACUAAGAUCGUUCCAUCUCAAACAGACCUGUACACAGAAAGUCUCAGUUCAGACCAUGCUGUGUGUUUUGUCUUCACCUCAUUGGGACGUGAUGAACCGUAUCUCUCAGCUUUAUCAAACUACUUAAAACAAACACCAGAAGACCUUCAACAUGCACAUACCCACGAUGUAGAGAAGGAAGAAUGGUACGCCUCAAGAGAAGUAGUACAAGAAAUGAGGCAUAAAGCAAAGCUCUUCAGUGAUUUUGCAGAAGCCAACAAGGAGAACAAGAAGAUUAAGUUCCUGACAGUGGGUUCAACAAGUGAGACACAGAAAGGUUCAAGCUUUAAGGUUCACCUUUAUGAAGACGGCUUUUCUGUCAAUGAGAACUUUGAGCCGCCUUCAAAGCCUGAAACAGUGACAAUAAGUGAUAUAAACCACAACAGUGUGACUCUGAAGGUUUCUCCUCCCAGAUUUGGAGCAGAGGACAUCACCUCCUACUCUGCUGAGUACUGUGUCAGUGGAGAGGAUAAAUGGAAACAGAAGACAGCAUCAAAAGCUGAAGAAGUCACAGUGAGCAAUCUGAGUCCUAACACAGAAGUGGAUGGCAAAGUAUACAAGGCUGCACCUGACAGACAUGAAGGAGAUCCGUCUACGUCAAAGACAGACCUUGAUGUGUCUGAGGACAGAAGAGAGGAUCAGCUGUCUCCUGAUGAUCCAGAGAGGUUGAAGCAGCAGCAGCUUGUGUGUGGAGAGGCUCCCGAUACAAAUGAAAUGUUAUAUUUCACACCUGAGCUGCUGACUGAGUCUGGAAAGACUUCAUACAGGUUCAGGUGUCCUGGUCCAGGUGUGUUCCAGUGUGAUUUGACUGGACUGGUGUUUGUUAUGACUCAGGAGGCGGAGCUGCUGUACAACACUGUCCAAUGGGAUGAGAGCCUCCUCCAAUCAGCUGGCAGGAUGGCUGCAGGGCCGCUGUUUGACAUCAAGUGUUCAGAGGAUGGAGCAGUCUGUCAGCUCCACCUUCCACACUGUGAAACAAAGGAUGCGCUGCUUGUUGAUGGCCUGUUGUCUGUCGUCCACAUCACUGAUGAUGGGAUGAACAUCUUGGAGCCGCUGAAGAUUACAGACACUCAUGUGGUCGUAAAGGUUCCUCACCUCUCUGCCUUUGGCCUGAUCUGGGAUAUCGUUAGAAGAUUUCAGAACAAAUCACGGCAAAUAGAGGCCCAAGUUCUGCUGUUCCUCCGACCUCCGGACACGGGGCCUCGAGUCCUAGAUGUUCUACUGCUGCCCCGCAACGUCCUUCUAGAUGAGGUUGAAAAGCAACAAAGAGGUUCUAAACACAUUAGGAUCUCUUCCAAAUGUCAACUCAGCAUUGGUCAAAGUUACAGUGUCCACUGUCAACCUGAGGGCUUUAUAAUACAGCCUGAGCAUGAGACAUUUAGCUCAGACUAUGGACCAAAUUACCAUCCAACAUUUGAAGUUUUCCUGGAGACGAUCCCAGAGAAGGUGACUUUGAUGGUCCAGGACCGAGAGAGGAGACAAGUCUGGAGACGUUACGUGUCUUUGAAAGGUCUAACUGGACCAAAUCCACGGAGGAAUGACCCAGCAGAGGACAGUGAUCCCCCAGAAGACAGGCUGUUGCUAGUUCGGAGACAGUUUGUACAGCGAGUGUCUGAUCCUGUUCUGAACCAGCUUCUGGAUAAACUCCUUGAGCGUCGUGUUAUAACUGAUGGUGAAAUGCAGUCAGUCAGAACAGGCAGAGCAGACAAAGCCCGAGACGUGAUGGACACGGUGAGAAGAAAAGGAAGUGCAGCCAGCUCAGUUCUGAUCUCUGCUCUCUGUGAGGUGGAUCCAGUCCUUUCCAGAGAGCUGAGAUUAAUCUGAAGAACCAAAC